AGAGAAUGGAAGAAUUGAGUGCUUACCAAGCGUAAUUAAAUUCUGUGUUAGAUUUGAAUAAUGUACUUCUAAUAAAACCACGUUGUAAAGAAUCUGUUGAUAAGAAGAUUGCAAUUGAUUAUUCCCCGAUGUAUAGUGAGUAAGUUUAAUACUAAAGUUCAGAGUUUUAGGGUGCAUGCUAAAUACAGUGCCAAUACUAAACAAUGAUGGAGAGCCUUCUUAACAUGGGUUUAUCCUCUAGAUAGAUUAGGUUUGCUAUUUCGAUAUAAUUUAGCCUGUUCAUUUAGCUAAUAGUAUACAAUAUAGAUCUUAGUUUGAGAAGAAAGUUCAGGAAGUUUAGGAGAAGAACAAGGAUUUAGUACAUUUCUAAUUAUCAUUUGAAGCUCUUCCCAAAACCAAGAGGAACUAAAAUCUAUUGCAAUGUUUGUAAAUUAUAUAUAGAGGAUUAUCUAUAAGUAAAUAUUAAAUUCAUAGUUUAGCACACAGAAUCUAAGAACCACAAAUUGAAGUUUAGGAAGAACAAAGUCAUCAAUCUCAUCCAUUCUAUGGCUGAUGAAUUUUAGAAGAAUCGAAGUAUGCCUCAAAAUACACCGACUCUUCAUUCCGAUUCUGAUAGAUGUGGUUACUUCUCGUCCAUCCAGGAUGACAGCAUUGAACAUCAAGACAGCACAUAGUAAGAACCACAUACUAUUAAGAAGAUCAAGUUGAAUGAAGAUGUCAGCGCUUUCAACAAGAUGGGCAACUCGUAUAAAAUCAAUUUAAAAUAUUAGUCUUGUACAUAGCUCCAAUUAAUCAUUCAACGAUAAGUACGGAAGGUAGUGUCUUUGAAGGAACAAUUAUGAGCAGCAUUAUAUAU